GGACUAUUUAAUUACAUUACACCGUAAAGUAGGUACCUAUACAUUGGUGUUGGUGCAGAUGCGUACGUCUCACUUGCGUCACGGCGAUUUUCUUCUCAGUUGCGUACACAAUUAUCAAAGGUCAAACUACGAACGAAUAUUAUAGUCACAUUUGCGUACACAGCUUAAAAUGUGGGCAUUCCCUAUGUAUACUUUUGUCGCCUAAAUAUAUAUUAUAAGCUAUUUCAUUAUUAUUUCACUAUUAUCAUCUUAUCGAAAGACGUACGAUUCGCUGUAUACAUGCACUGUUUUACUUAAUAGGAUUUGAUCUACGAUUGUAUGAUUGAUACGUAUUUUGAUACGUAACAUCAGUGUUUGAACAGUAUACCAUACGGACAACGGUGUUGCUGCUCACGGCAAUUUUAUUCUUAUUUUUUUUUUUCUAUAAUUUAUUAUUAAUAUUAAAAUGGAAUUAAUCGAAACAACCAAAAAGAAGCCAUCUUUAAUUGACGGUAGCGGGUUUCAAUACCGACAACAUCGCAAAAAUAAAGAUGGAACCAUAAGCUGGUUGUGUGUAAACGAAAAAAAAAAAACUGCAGAGGAACGUUAAAGUCACAAGGCAAUAAUGUGCUUUCCAUCACCGAUCACGAGUGCACUCCCGAUGUGGCAAAGACUGAAGUCGCAAAAUCCUUGUCUACAGCUCGCAAGAGAUUGCGUGAAGAAGAUACGCCAGUUCGUUCUAUUUACAACGACGCUGUACGACCUUUAAUGGACGCUGGAUACGAGUUUGUCGCAGAAGUUCCUACAUUUGACGAAGUGAAAGCUGGGUUUUAUCGUGCCCGAAAACAAUUUAGAUGGUCUGUUCGCGAUCCACAAUCUGUAGAAGAACUUGAGAUACCAGCUGACCUAGUAGCUUUGAGAGACGGGACUUCAUUCAUUGUUUUGGAUGCAACUAUCGACAAGACAAGCAGAAUUAUAAUUUUGGCUUCUGCAUCAGGUAAAAGUGCGUUGAAAGAGAAUUCCGAAUUUUUUAUAGAUGGAACUUUUAAGACUUGUAGUAAACAAUUCACACAAUUGUACACGUUCCACAUCGAUGUAAGCUCUAGUUUUCACGAACGCAAUGCUUUCCCCAUCGUUUUUGCUCUUUUGUCCGAUAAAAAGCAACAAACGUACCAUCGCCUUUUUGGGGAAAUGAAAAAUAUUGGAUGGAAUCCACAGUCCGUACACCUCGACUUCGAGAUAGGUACAAUGAACGCCUUAACAACUAUUUUUCCUGAAAUAAAAUUACGUGGAUGCCAUUUCCACUUCACGCAAUGCUUGUGGCGAAAAAUUCAGGAUGUUGGCUUAGCAUCCGUAUAUAAACAAAAUGAAGAUAUUCGAAUGCAUGUUAGGAAGUGUGGAGCAAUGGCUUACCUUCCUCUUGAUAAAAUUGACGACGCUUGGCUUAUUAUUCAAAGUAAUGCACCUGAUGAUGUGAAGCUAGCUGAAUUUAACGACUAUUUUGUUGAAAACUGGCUCGACUCCGCCACUAUUUCUAAGGAAAUGUGGAAUUGUCAUACUGAAAAGCACCGAACAAACAACAUCGUCGAAGGAUGGAACCAUAAAUUAAAAAAAUUGGUGGGAAGAUCACACCCGAGUAUUUGGGUUUUAAUUGAAAAACUUAAAACAGCAGCAGCAGAAAGUGACCAUCGACUUUUACGCGCUGAAUUAAAUUUAGAAGGGACUAAACGAAACAAAAAAUAUAUAAAAUUGGACGAGAGAAUUAAACGUAUUACUCAAAACUUUUUAGAAAAUAACGACUUAGACAAUUGCCUCAAAAAAUUGGCCAUAAUCGUCAAAUUAGAUUAA